UCCUGGGGUGACUUGUCCACACAUCUUUUCUAGGCUUCGGCCUGCUAGCCCAGCGAUGUCACAGCGGAAGCAGCAAUCUUGGGAGCCCCCGAGGGCCCCCAAAUGCUCCCCUCUGCAGUGCCCACACCCCUGCCUGGCUCCCUGCCCUGCUCCUAGCUGCAGUCCCGGGUCAGGAGGCGGUGGUUCUGGUUCCCAAAGCUCCGAGGCUCAGAAGCCGGCCCACUCUCGGAGGACUCACCAGGAGCUACGCUGCCUCAGGGGUGGCACGGUCUACCACAUCAAAGAGGAAGAGUGUUAGGGGAACCCUUUCUGGCCCUCAGCACUUAAGAGGCAAGAGCUGGACUAA